GGCCGGGCAGGGCGCGCAGUGGCCGGCCGGGGAAGGGGAGGCCGCGGGGGCCCGGGGCUGCUGUGCCGGCGGCGCCCCGGCUGCAGGUCUCCUUCUCUGCCAGUGUAGGUUUAUCACCCCUCCGUCUCCACCAUCGCCAAAAAAACCCAAAAAGUGUCCUUAGCCGAAAAUUCGCUGUGGUUCUGCUGCUGUCCGUGGCUCCCUGCUCUUGAGAGCAUCCCCGUGUUCCCAGCGUAAAAUUGCUGGGAUUUUAUGAAACCAGCCUAAAGCCGCGCAGUCUGUCCUGCUUUUCAAGGCACGCUUUUCCUUCUCGGGAAUGUGUGCUAACUCUCGGGUGUGUGCGAAUAGCGUUUCCUCGGCAAAGGUGAGUUUGACUUGUCAUGGCUCAGCUGUCCAGGGAGAUGGAGCGGCACAGGCAGCACACGGUGAUGAUCAUCACUUUCUUUCUUCUUUAGUGGGACAAACCUGGUUGAGUACUUUAAUUCAUAUCUGUUUUGAAAUCAGCCGCUCAUAUGGGGUCAGCUAAAAGUAGUGUGGUCUGUCAUACCGGUGACCCUAGGCUUCUGAGAACUGUGUUGUUUCUGGCUAAUGCUGAGCCCACCCGGACCUGGGAAGAGUAACGCAUCCCAAACUGGGGAAAGAGCCUCAGUCUUUCUGGAGUAAUUACCAGACUGUUAAGCAGAAAUUAAUGGAAAAAAUGAGUUUCACUUAAAUGCAAGAGAUGCUUGUAUACUUCUAGCAACCAAGCUUGUUUUCUGGAUAGUCAUGUUAAAAGUUGAUACAAUUGCACUCAAAGCCUUUUAAAUUUUUGUUUAAAUUUAUGUGGCAAAGAAAAAAUGUGGUAUCAUAUUUUUUCCUGUGAACUGUAAACAUUUCAAAUAUCUCUAAUGCUUUAAUGGUUUUUUGGUUUUUUUGCAGAUAAUAAACUUACUGAAGCAUUGUUAAGGAGCUAGAAUGAGAGUGAAAGGAGCUUUAAUAAUUUAGUCCCAGUUUAAGUUUGUUUUAUCAUACAAGUUCUUCACUGCCAUAAUGAGGCUAGUAAUUCUUGAAGAUUAUGAUCAGGCUAGUGAAUGGGCAGCCAAAUACAUCUGUAAUCGUAUUAUCCAGUUCAAGCCAAGUCAAGGAAGAUAUUUCACCCUUGGUCUACCAACAGGAAGCACACCUUUGGGAUGCUACAGAAAGCUGAUAGAAUAUCACAAAAAUGGAGAUCUCUCUUUCAAAUACGUAAAGACUUUCAACAUGGAUGAGUAUGUAGGGCUUCCCAGAAAUCAUCCAGAGAGCUACCACUCCUAUAUGUGGAAUAACUUCUUUAAGCAUAUUGACAUAGAUCCGAAUAACGCACAUAUCCUUGAUGGGAAUGCACCAGACUUACAGGCGGAAUGUGAUGCAUUUGAAAAGAAAAUUGAAGAAGCAGGGGGGAUUGAUCUGUUUGUUGGAGGCAUUGGUCCAGAUGGCCACAUUGCAUUCAAUGAACCCGGAUCAAGUUUGUCUUCAAGAACAAGAUUAAAGACUUUAGCAAUGGACACCAUUUUGGCAAAUGCUAAAUACUUUGAUGGAGACUUAUCUAAAGUACCAACUAUGGCGCUAACAGUUGGUGUGGGUACAGUGAUGGAUGCUAGAGAAGUAAGAACUCAUUUAGUUCUAGUUGCAUGUGUGUUUUCAAGAUUAGUUGGUAUUGAUACUGGGAUUAAAAGUAAAGAGACCUUUGUUUUGCAGGUGAUGAUUCUUAUAACAGGUGCACACAAGGCUUUUGCAUUGUACAAAGCAAUUGAAGAAGGAGUCAAUCAUAUGUGGACAGUUUCUGCUUUCCAGCAACACCCUCGCACUAUCUUUGUGUGUGAUGAAGAUGCUACUUUAGAACUAAGAGUUAAAACUGUGAAGUACUUUAAAGGUUUAAUGCAUGUGCACAAUAAGCUUGUGGACCCACUGUACAGUAUGAAAGAAAACUGAAAGAAGACUGAAGAGGAACUCCAUGUGGGUCAGCAGCAACAGUUUUAGGUAGCAGAUGAGUUCACUGCUAUGCAAUAUGCUGAAAACUGUUUAAAAUGGGAAAUCCUAGGUACUGUAUUUUUAAAAAGGUCCAAUAUCUGUACAUUCACAUUCCAUCUGUUUGCUGUGUUGUGCAUUUUGCUUUAAUAUUUGGAGCUCCGCUGUUGGUACAUCACUAAAUGGAAAGAAACAAACUUGGGAGAGACUGCACGUUAUGUAGAGAAGGGAAAAGCAGAGCACUUACUCUAGCACAGCAAUGUAUUGCAUCUGCCUCAUGUUAGAGAUGAUGACACUUCAUUUCCCAGAAUUCUUAAUUUUUGGCUUGGUUAGUGUAACUACAUUUUGCAUUUGUGUCUCUAGGUGGAAUGGUUUUGGCCUUUGCUAUUACUACGGACUUGUAAUAGUUGUACAAUUUCUACUAUGAAAUGUUCUGUUUACAUAUAUCUAAUGUACACUGAGCUUUUGCACUUGGUUGCCUUAAAUUUGUCUUAAACAGUUUUUGGGCAUCUCAAGUCCUGCUGUAUAUUUUGGGCAAAUGAAGAUACAAAAACAGUGCCUAAAAAUGCACCAAAUUCUUCAAAGUUACAACUUGCUCCAUGGAUAAAAAUAUUAAACUUCUACAAUAGCACUUUUUCCUCUCAUGUACUUCAAAUUACUUUAGGAUUUUAUAUUUUUGGUAAUCAAGCUUUAUACAUAAGGAAGAAAUCUCAACCUACCUUUCUGGAGGUAGCUGGUCAAUUAUAUAACUGAUGUUACAAUUAAAUGCCUGAAAAGAGCUUAAUUUACAGGACUAUAAUGUCUGCAAAUGAUCAUUUAAAGCCAACUGUUAAUCACUUUUUCACUGUAUCAUUAUAAACAUUGAGCUGUUACAAGGAAUGUUAUUUCCUACUUUGAAUAUAAGUAAAACUUAAAUAUAAA